CAAGAAUCUGACCUCAAGGCAGCGGCUAAGGAAAAGUGGAUGCCGGUUUGUAAAACGACAAUGGCCGAUGCGCUGCUGGCAACCAAUGGGAUCGUAUCGAUCAGACAAGCCGGAAAGUUACGGUAUAUGGACAACACCGAAGCUGAACAAGAGCGUGGAAUUACAAUGAAGUCAAGCGUAGUUGAAUCUUAUCUCAUUAAUUUAGUGGACUCACCCGGACAUGUGGACUUCAGCUCGGAAGUUUCCACUGCCGUCCGUCUAUGUGAUGGAGCCAUUGUCGUCGUCGAUGUCGUAGAAGGGGUCUGCCCACAGACCCGCACUGUGUUACGUCAAGCCUGGAAUGAGCGGCUCACCCUGGUUCUGGUUCUUAAUAAGAUCGACAGAUUGGUUCUUGAGUUAAAGCUCACUCCACUGCAAGCAUAUGAAGUGUUAUGCCGAACCAUUGAACAAGUCAACUCAGUACUUGCGGAAAUGUUUACCGCUGAUGUUGUUCGACAAAGAGACGCUUGGCAAUCUGCUGAUGUUUUACAGGUGAAUUUCUCGAAACCUAAUAUGCCGCUUAUGCACUGCCUGCUAUAUGUUACAUUCUUUUUUGUGAUGAACAGCAGACGGGGUAAACCCCAUAGUCACGAAGACCUGCUGUUCAGUAGUAGAAACUGGCAACCUAAGCCCCUGGGCUCUGCUCGGUUAGGCGUGGUAUUGAACCGGAUGACAGCAGAGUUGCCUACCACCAAAGUCGUGUGGCGAUGGCGGGGCUGGAACGUCAGACCAUAG